AUGUCUUCCAAUCACGCCAUUGUCAUCCAGGGUGCAGGCAAGGCCCAGGUCGUCGAAGCCUCCGCCCCCAAGCUCCGCGAUGACUACCUCAUCGUCAAGGUCAAGGCCGUCGCCCUGAACCCAACUGACGCCCUCCACAUCGACCUCUUCGCAGUAACAGGCGCUCGCGUGGGCUGUGACUACGCCGGCGUCGUCGAGGAAGUCGGCUCCCAAGUCACAAAGCCCUUCAAGAAGGGCGACCGCAUCGCCGGCGUCGCCCACGGGUCCAACGCCGUGCAUCACGAGGACGGCACCUUUGCGGAAUACAUCACCGUCAAGGGUGACCUGCAGCUCCGCAUCCCGGAUAACGUCACUUUUGAGGAGGCCGCCACCCUCGGCGUCAGCGUGACGACCGUGGGCCAGGGCCUGUACCAAAGCCUCGGCCUGCCGUACUUUGACAAGCCUAGCACGGAGACGUUGCCCGUUCUCAUCUACGGCGGCAGCACGGCGACCGGAGCGCUGGCGAUCCAGUACGCGAAGCUCUCUGGCCUGCACGUCAUCACGACGGCCUCGCCUCACAACUUUGACUAUCUGAAGAAGCUGGGCGCCGACGUGAUUUUGGAUUACAAGUCCGCUACCGUCGUGGAGGAUAUCAAGAAGAGCGCGGGCGGCCAGCUGAAGCACGUGCUGGACUGCAUUUCCUCGGAAUCAUCUGCGGAUAUCAGCGUCAAGGCGAUUGCGGAGGACGGCGGCAUCUACUCCACCCUGCGGCCCGUGCCGGCGGAGCUCGUCUCGGCCAUCAACGGCAAGGUGACGACCAAGAUGACACUGGCGUACACUGCCAUCGGCGAGCCGUGCCAGUUUGGCCCGCAGGCGUUGCCGGCGAUCCCGGCGGACUUGGAGUUUGGGAGCAAGUUCUGGGCUGAUACUGAGCGGCUAUUGGCAGAGGGAAAGGUUGUGGCUCAUAAGCCGACUGUGAAUGAGGGUGGAAGUGGCCUGGAGGGCGUUCUUAAGGGUCUUGAUCUUGUUAGACAGGGCAAGGUCAGCGGAACCAAGUUGGUCUAUAUCGUGUCGUAGUGUGUGAAAAGUUAGCAGCAGCCAAAUGGAUUUACAGGCAACUAUUAGCGACAAACAAAUCCUUGAAUGAGAAAGCUUCAUAAAGCGCAACAAACCCGCAUAACCUAAGAUGCUGUCAUUAUUUCCGC